UUUCACUUUUAGCUAUUCUUUCUGUUCCUCCGUAGAGUAAUACUUGUAUACCAGAGAGUCGCCUCACCCUUACUCAUCACCUCACAGCCUAGAGAGAAGAUCGCUCGGGGAUUGAGGUUUGGAGAUCGGCCGAGACUUGCAGCGCUGGAGGAAUGAGGUCCGAGCAGCGGCUCUUUGAAGCUGCGGGCGACACUAUGACAAAGGCGGCAGAGUUCAUACUCGACGCUGCGAGUCCGGACAGAAGAUCUGAUACGCACUUUGGCAAAGUUCGUUGGAUAAUAAAAAUGGCAGAGACAUCUGACGAGGCUAAUGACGAUGAGAUGCUCUAUGAUUACGGUGAACGUCUCAAAGAGGCCAAACACAACUUCCAGAGGGGGAGUAAUUGUGGAGUGCAUGAUGCUGAUGUUGCUUUGGACAGACUCUGCCGGUCAGAUUAUGCAGAUUAUAUGAUGAUGCUGUUGUUGCUUUUGGCAGACUCCGCCGGUCAGAUUAUGCAGAUUAUGUGAUGCUGCCUUUAGUUCCUUUGGGUAGAUUAUACUUUGGGAAAAUUGUUUGAGGUUGUUUUAUUUGUAGUUUAGUGCAGUAUGCUAGUGCGUGAAGCAUUGACUUGUUAUGCUCUUGCAGUCUUGGUGCUUAAGUAGGACUGUAGGAGUAUCAAGUAUGCACCUUUGUGAUGUUGUAAAUUACAAUUUUGGCACUUGAUUUAGUUUUCCCGUUAUUAAAUAAAAGUGCACCAUGGAAAUCAACAAUUAGAAA